GACACGUGAAGGUCGGUGAGUUGCGUGGAGCCCGUCUCGGCACGCGGAGCCGCGCCGGGAUGGAUUCGUCCUCGUCUUCCUCCGCGGCGGGUUUGGGCUCGGUGGACCCGCAGCUGCAGCAUUUCAUCGAGGUGGAGACUCAGAAGCAGCGCUUCCAGCAGCUGGUGCACCAGAUGACGGAACUUUGUUGGGAGAAGUGCAUGGACAAGCCUGGGCCAAAGUUGGACAGUCGGGCUGAGGCCUGUUUUGUGAACUGCGUUGAGCGCUUCAUUGAUACAAGCCAGUUCAUCUUGAAUCGACUGGAACAGACCCAGAAAUCCAAGCCAGUCUUCUCAGAAAGCCUUUCUGACUGAUCUCAGCAUUACCUUUUGGAAAAGGAAGGUAGUUCAAGAAAUGAAGAGCAGUUGAUGGGAUGGUUGAAGAAAAGGCUAUGGGGGAAUUGGCUCCCACCUUUGUCACUCUUGGGACAUCCUGUCAUCUGAGAAUGAACAAAGACCAAUUUUGCGUGUGGGGGGGUUUCAGGGUCAUAUGCGUAUUUGGUCGUGUUUUUUAAUGCUAAUCUUGUGAAAACAAUUGACAAAUGAAUGGAAAACUCUACUAGAUGCAUAUUACUGUAUGUGGGACUAUGCUUUUCUCAAAGUCCCAUUAACUACUUCCUAUAAUUUUGAUGGUGGAACUGCUUUCUGUAAUUUGAUAGUGGGACCACAUAGGUAAAAACUUUCAUUUGUGUG